AUGCAGUUGGCUCGAGUCGAGGCUGAAAUCGUUAGGGAAAAUCAGGAAUUUGAGGCAGCUCGGAAGCAGAAUGCCGAGCACAUUGAGAGGAUGGAAAAUUUGAAGGAUGAGUUGGCGUUGCAAAAUCAGAGGCUGCAGCUAGACGUUAUUGAAUUAGAGAAGGAGGCUGACGACAGAGAAGAGCACAGCAAGUGGAUGCUCAGUGAGAUCGAACGACUCACAGAGUUGGUCUCGCAUCGAGAGCGGCUCAUACAAGCAGAGAAGGAGAAUAUUGGUACUCUUAUGGAAGGGAUAAGGAGGCAGAAAGAAGAUCUUGAUAAGUUGCUCAAACAUAACGCGUGUAAUCGGGCGCGGAUUGAAGCUGCCGACUCUGAUAUUUUACAGCUACGUCAAGAGGCAGCUGAGCUUGAGUCGGAGCUUAGGGCAGAGGAUCAUACCCUGCAGGACUUGAGGGAAAAGAAGAAUAAGAUGGAGCGCCGAUUCAGCGCCGAGCGAGAGACAAGGGAGAAGCACAGAGAGUACCAAGAGGAGCUCAUGGACCUGCAGAAUAAGAAUCGCGAAGCACGGAUAUUCCUAGCUGAUAGAGAGGCGAAAUUGGAGAGGAAUCGUCGUUGCAUUUCUGCCAGUGAGAUCGUGGCACUCUCUGAAGGUUCAGAUGAGAGCAAGGAGAACCAUCGGUCCUGCCGCUUUGAGGAGGAUACUGCAAUAGUAAACAACUGCCUCGAUCGUGGUCGGGAGAAGUAUCUUAAGGAGAUACUCUCCAUGAUGAGGGAGGUGGAAGAUAAUCUUGAUAAUAAAGUGAAGGGACUACGGGAGGCUGCUCUUGGAAGGAAGUCGUUAGCUGCCAGUAAGAUGAGAAGGGAAGAGUAUCGCAAUCCCUUCGCUGUCUUCGACCCUGUCCUGCCCACUGGUGCAGGGCCUCUAGCAUCGAGGCCUAACCUGGUGCCUAACGAUAGAUGAGAGUAAUACCGUCGUCCAA